CCUCACUCGACACUCGCGUCAGUUUUAACUAUGGCGACGAGAGAGUAGGAAGACAGUCGACGCCGCGCCAGGAUUCCCACACACACCCCGUAUCUCUUUGAUUUUUCUCGUGGGGGAAAUAGCUAGCGACGCAGAUGAAGUAAACAAUAACGUUGAGCCAGUGAGUGAGGCUUGUGUUUGUUGGGGGGAGCUCCCCUGGUGACAGCUGCCCACCCUCAGCUUGUGUCCACCACCACCACCACCACUACCACCACCACCUCUACUGCUGCUUCUUGACUCAUCCACCACCACCACCACCAUUCCGCAUCACAUUAGUAAGAGGUCUCAGGGAUCAGUGAUGUCCCCCAAGAUGGAAGGUCUUAGUGGUGAGAGCAGUGAGGAGUCGUCCCACAGUGGCAUGUCCUCGCGCCGCAUCGUCAAGAACACCGAAGAGUACCGCAAACGUCGUGAGCGCAACAACCAGGCAGUGAAGAAGUCGCGUUUGAAGACGAAGAAGAAGACGCAGGAAAUGGUGGACCGCGUCACUCAGCUGAGGAACGAGAAUGAAGAACUGGAGGAGAACAUUAAGAUUCUCAACAAGGAACUAGGCUUGCUCAAGGGCCUGUUUCUGGAGCAUGCAGGGAACGCUCAUGGAGUGCGGCUGAACGAGGCAGAGCUGGCCCGGAUGCUGGAUGAGGACCUUGAGGUGGACAAGGGAGUGGCCCUGCUGAUGAACCUCUCCCAAGGCAGCUCCCCCCAGAACAAGUGGAACUAGCACUGCCUCACCACCAACCAAUGACAACACUGCUGCUGCGCCUCUGCUGCUCGCGUCUGUCACUCCCCGAGGUGCACCCACCCCAGCACCACCUGGCCGGGGAGUGUCACUGCCACCUCCAGCAUCGCGUUCUUUGGCCGUGACUUGUGGGGGACUGGUGCAUCUGUGGGGAGGGUUCAGUGCAUAGUGGCGAGGACAGGCAGGCCUUGACAGGCAUCUCCCUGUGAGGCUGACGCUGGUCCACGCCGCCACUCACCUGCCAGUAUUUAUGACACUAAACACUCAGGACUGUCCUCACAAAACAAGUGCAGUACAGGUACUCCCUCACGUACAGUUGGGUUAGGUUCACAAAAAUGCAAUUGUAGAGCAAAUGAUUGUUUAGCAAACUUAAAGUUGAAAAUAAAAAGUAGGAAUAUGUUCAUGAUUUGUCUGUGUGCCCUAGAACACCCAUGAAAAACACAAAAUAUUGUAUUUACAAACUGUUAUUGUCUAAAGUAAUAAAACACAUGUUGCAUUAAUAUAAUGAACAUAACAGUAAAGCAAUAAGUAAUAUAAAAUAAGCAUAAGUAAACUUUAUAAUUACUCUCACAUUAGUGUUGAGUCCACAGUGUCCAGAGUGUGACUCACCACAGUGGCCGGCUGGGGACUCACUGUGACGCCACACACAAAACAGUGAAGAGUAAUGAAAUAAAUAAAACAAGUAAAGGAUAAGUUAUAAUAAAAAUUAUCAUGAUAAUAAUAAUAAUAAUAAUAGUAAUGAUAAAAGAAAAUGGGUGUGCACUGCAUGGGAUGAUAAGAAUGAAGCCUAAGCAAAGGUUUAUGAGGCAAGAGUGAAUAAAGAAGAAAGCUUGUGAGAAUGAAGUAAGGUAUGCACUGUACAUAGUGGUGAAUGGCACAGUGGGGAGUACCUGUACACUACAUAGAUAAGAAAAGGUGUAGCCUAACAUAUAUUUUCCUACAGUCAGACACUUUGAUCCUAAUGGUCUUUGUUGUUGUUGCUGUGGUCUGGCAUUUGGGAGGUGGAGGUGUGCGUGGAGCGGCCGCCAAGCCAUUUUUGUUGUACCUGAGGACGCAUUACCGUCUCGUUAUGUAGUUGAGUGUGUAGCAAGCGAGGCCCUGCGCUGCACCGCCCUGCCCCACUGGCCCCGCCCCGUGUGUCCUGCAGCAGGGUGGAGUGGCCAGCCAGUGGGGUGCGGUGCAGCGCAGUGCCUGCAGCCAGAGGUGAGCCAGCCAGCAGCUGGGCUGGAGGAAUGGUCCAGAUAGAGUGACAGGAGGAUGUCACUGCCACGCUGCUGUUCUUUGUUCAGGAAACGUUCAUUCCAUUUUGUUUCGACUCGCUCGUCUCACACAUGCGUGUUUCUUUCCAUUUGGGAGAAACAAAAUUCAAUGAUGGUUUCCCGUGUUUCUUUUCCUUAUUUUUAUUUAUUUUUAUUUUUUAGUUGGUGGACAUUUUUUAAGCUUCUUGCCAAUAUACUCUAUAGCCAAUAUGCACACAGCAUAUAACUUAAGUGUCUCAUCUCACUUGUUUCUUUGGGUACCCAAUUAUUUGAAAUAAAGUAGAUUUUGAAUGAA